AUGGCCCCCAAGCUUGCUCCCAAGGGCGAUAUCGCCUCGGACUUUGCCAAUCUCAGCAUUGGCGAGCUGCCCCGGGGUGUGCAGGAGACUCUUGACGGCUAUGGUUCUGCUGGUAAGGAGAUCAAGGUGAACGCGAACAUGUACAUGGCUCGCUUCAAGAACCAGGGUAUCACUGUCAACCACUAUGAUAUUGAGAUCAAUCAUGUCAUCAGGAACACCAAGGACACCAAGAAGCCCCGUCCCCUUCUCCAAAAGAUCUGGAACCAGAUGGUCGAGGAGGCCACUGGCGCCGUCAAGAUCGCCCUCGAGGGCGCUGCUUACGACCAGCAGAAGUCCUUUUACACCCCUUACGAGAUCCCUCUCGAAGCGGGUGGCAAGCUCGAGAUCAUCAUUGGUCUCAAGGAAGACGGUGUUGUCCCCACCGACGACAAGCGGCGUUUCAAGGCUGUUAUCCAGGCCGCCGACCACAUGAAGAUUGACCUCGACCGUAUCAUGGACUACUGCAAGGGCGACACUCAGACCGAGCAGGCUCGUGACACUAUGCUCCGAGCCAUCAUGGCUAUGAAUGUUCUCAUGCGACAGGACCCUGCUCAGAGAUUUGCCAUGUCUGGUUCUGCCGGCCGAAAGUUCUUCACUUCUGAGAACCCCACCCCUCUCUCCAACGGUGCUGUCCUCUACAAGGGCUUCCAGCAGUCUUUCCGAUGGACCUCUGCUGGUUACCCCGCCGUCCAGAUCGACACAGCUUACUCUGCCUUUGUCGAGCCCGGGAUGCUCACCGACGUUGCCCCCAAGCUUCUCGGUCUUGCCGGUGGCGGUGGCCGUGGUGGUCGAGGCGGCCGAGGUGGCUUCCAAGGCGGUCCUCCCCCUGGCGCUGCUCGUUCCCUUCAAGAGCUCAACCCUCCUCAGACCAGGCGUCUUAAUGACAUUCUCCGAGGCGCCAAGUUUACUGUCACCCAUCGAAACACUGAGCGAGUGUUUGCCAUCAUCAAACUCACCGCUCAGCCUGCCGAUUCCAUCAAGUUUACCCUCAACGGCAGGGACGGUCAGCCCGACCGAACCGUCUCCGUUGCGCAGUACUUCCAAGAGCAGUACAAUGUCAGCGUUACCCGCCCCCGUCUCCCUUGCGUUCAGUACGGCAAGAACUUCAUCCCCAUGGAGUUUGUCAAGCUUCAGCCUUUUAACUCUAUCCCCAUGAUGAGGAUCACUGCGGACCAGACUGCCGAGAUCAUCAAGGACGCUGCCAAGCCUCCUCCCAUGAGGCAGGGUGCUAUCGGCAACUGGCGAGCCAAGCUCAACUACUCCAACUUGCCCAAACUCAAGGCUUGGAAUGUCGAGAUCAACCAGAACAUGAUGACUGUUCCUGCCCGUGUGCUUCCUGGUCCUUCCGUCUUCUAUCACGGUAACAAGGCUAUCAGGGCCAACUUUGGUGGAUGGAACAUGAAGGGUGUGAGAUUUACUCAGCCUGGUGUGCCCCUCAAGUCUUGGGCUGUCGUCUCCUUUGACGAGCGAUGUACCGUUCCGGAUCUUCAAAAGUUUGUUACCUACUUCUGCCAAGUCCUCAGCCAGUACGGCUGUCCCGUCGUCAACCAGAGGCCUUCUUGCUUCCAGUACAACCCCAACGCGGGUGGCCCCAACAUGGGUGUCAAGGCCGCUCUCCAGCAGGCCGCCAAGAACGCCUAUACCGACUCCAAGGUCAACCCACAGAUCAUCUUCUGUAUCCUCCCCAAGAAGGACCCGUCUAUUUACCAGACCAUCAAGGCCGUCUCAUGCGAGCAACUGUUCAAGCCCGUCCCCACCCAGUGCCUCCAGUCCGCCAAGAUCAAGUCUGACCGAGGUAUCGACCAGUACUGCGGUAACGUCGCCAUGAAGGUGCACUCCAAGCUUGGUGGUGUUACUCACCAGGUCCAGCACCAAAUCCCCAAGACCACCAUGAUGGUCGGUGCCGACACUGGUCACACCCCCGCUCGAGGUGGCUCUGUUCCUCCUUCGGUUGCUGUGACUGUCGCGGCGAUCAACAACGAAAACACCAAGUUUGUCCCUGGUAUCCGACUUCAGGGAGGCCGAGUGGAGAUCAUCCAAGAGUUGGAGGCGAUGAUGUACACUCACAUUCAGCAAUUCGAAAAGGGCACCGGUGCCAAGCCCACCUCUAUCCUCUUCUUCCGAGACGGUGUCUCCGAGGGUCAAUACGCCCACUGUGUCUACCAGGAGCUUGCCUCCAUCAAGAAGGCUGCUCAGCGAUUCGGUGGCGGCUACAACCCCAAGGUCACUUUCGUCAUCUGCGCCAAGCGACACGCCAUGCGAUUCUUUGCCACCUCUGACCAGGACAAGGACAGGACUGGCAACUUGCCUCCUGGAACUAUUGUCGACUCGAUGGUGACUUCGCCUAUCAUCCACGACUUUUACUUGCAGGCCCACGCCGGUCUUCAGGGUACUGCCCGACCCACUCACUACGUCGUUGUCGCAGACGAAAACAAGUACACCGCGGACAAGCUCCAGGGCCUUGUCAACACUCUCUGUUACUCGUUCGCCCGAGCCACUCGAUCUGUCUCUAUGGUUCCUGUCGCCUACUACGCCGACAUUGUCGCCGAGAAGAUCAGGUACAUCAUCUCUGACGAUGACUCUGACACUGCGACCAUCCCGUCGACCACUUCUGGCUCCAAGGUUGAGCAGAUGACCUUUGAUGCUACCCGUGUGUCGAAGCGAUUCGAGGCCAACCCCGAGUUCAACAAGGUUGCUUGGUACAUGUAA